AGAGCUCGCGUCGAGUUGGUUUCAAGCAGGCAACUGUCGUCUCUGUAGGGUUGGUCCACAACGCCGUGAGGCAGGGGAGCGGAGAAAGAAAUAAACGUUCCCUGAAGCUGUCUGGCUUCAGGAUGUCUCAAAACCUGCAGCUAAAGUUUGCUGAGAAGCUCUCCAUCCUGAAUGAUCGGGGGAGAGGGAUUCUCGUCCGGAUAUACAAUAUCAAGAAGACAUGCUCGGAUCCCAAAACAAAGCUUCCAUAUUUAACCGAGAAAAGCAUGGAGUCCGCAAUCAAAUGCAUCAUGAGGAAAUUUCCAGCUAUCGAUAUACGGAGCAACAGUAACCAUCUUAGCAGCAUCCAGAAAGACAAGUCAGAUAUCCUGAAGAACCUGACCAGUUUCUAUAACUCCUUUGUGGAUGUCUUGGAAUUUCGGGAAAAUGUGAACGAGUUACUGAGUUCAAUGGAUAGCUAUCAAAUGUACAUGGAUAUAAAUGUCAAUUAUGAUCUGACCAAGGGCUACCUCGACUUGAUAGUCACCUACGCUUCGCUGUUCUUCAUGGUGUCUCGGGUUGAUGAUCGCAAGGUGCUGCUGGGAAUGUAUAACUGCGCCUAUGAAUUGUCGAAUGGCUCGAGUGAGCCUAGUUUCCCAAGACUUGGGCAGAUGUUACUGGAUUAUGAUCAUCCAUUGAAGAAACUAACUGAGGAGUUCACACCCCACUGGAGGCUCCUGGCUGAUGCCCUCCUGUCAUUGCAAGUCCUGUUCCUAAGGAGGAAUCUCCCAGCUGAACAAUGGCGAAGUGCCCACAUGCUCAGUGUCAUCAGUGUGCCAGUCAACAUGCUCACUCCAGCUGUUAGUGAAACGAUGCAGUGCGAGUACCUGUCGUUGGAAGUUAUGGAGAGAUGGAUUAUCAUUGGCUUCCUGCUGUGUCACAACAGUUUAAACCUGGACCCAGUGUGUUUAAAGCUCUGGAAGGAAGCGAUGCAAUGCAGCCUGUGCAUCGAGCUGUUCCGCGAUGAGGUCUUGUUCCACCACAAGGUGACAGAAGAGCUGUUCAGCAGCAUGAAAGGAUACAGUAAACGUGUUGCAGAUAUUAAGGAAUGUAAAGAAGAAGCCACUUCAAAAAGCGGGAGCUUACACAGAGAGAGGCGCCUCUUCCUGAGGCAUGCAGUGAAGGAACUGAGCAUCAUCCUUGCUGAGGAACCUGGCCUGCUGGGACCCAAGAUCCUGUUUGUCUUUAUGGCCCUGUCGUUUUCCCGCGAUGAGAUUUCUUGGCUCGUACGUCACGCUGAAAACAUCACCAAGACCAAGAGCCCGGAGGACUACGUAGACAGUAACAUAGCCGAGUUGCUGUUUGUGAUGGAGGAACUGCGAGGGCUGCUCUACAAGUAUAAGAAGAUUAUUCAACGUUACUUUGUCCUGUAUCUGGCCCACUUUGAUGCUGUCGUUCUCAAUGAAACAAUCCAGAAUCUCUCUGUUUGUCCUGAGGAAGAGUCUGUGAUUAUGUCAUCCUUUGUGAAUAGUUUGACGUCGCUGAAUAUCAAACAAGUUGAAAAUGGAGAGGAAUUUAAUUUCCAAGGAAUCCGACUGGAUUGGUUUCGGCUCCAGGCCUAUACCAGUGUUGCCAAAACGCCACUGAUCCUUCGUGAAAACCUGAAACUUGCCUCUCUGAUGAACACCAUCACCUUCCACACGAAGCUGCUGGACAAUUUACACGGUCUGUUGGAGGACACAGCUGACCUCACCCUGUUCUGUUUCUACCCACGUUUGUUCGAGAAGGUGUUUUCUCAAAGCAUCGAGGAGCCCACGCAGCUGCCGUACCUGAUCGCGUUUCCGAUGGUCUGCUCCCACUUCUCGAGCUGUAUCCAUGACAUGUGCCCCGAAGAGUACAAUGUCCUCCAGAAACGAAGCCUGGGUCUGUGCAACAACUUUCUGGAUGAAAUCGCCAAACAGGCCAGUGGCUGUAUGAUCCAACUGUGUUAUGAACAACAUAACCUCAGUGAAAAGCUUCUGCCCAAGUACACAGCUCAGACCAUCAGCAAAGCUGUCAACAAGAAGCGCAAGAAGCCAGUCAGCAAGAAAGCGGAGCCCAACCGAGAAAAGCCGGGAACAGAGAGCCAGCGUAAGGACAGAGUCGUUGACACCAACAUGGACAAAUAUCACCUGACCCUCACCGAAUACUGCAUGGCCAUCAACUACGUGAGAGAGAUAGUCAUAUUCGAGCACACAGUAUUACCCAGUGAAUACUUGACAAGCCAGCUAGAAAUCCGGCUCACCAGAGCUAUCAUGCGGAUGGCCAACUACAGCCAAGCUACUCAGGAGAUCGCCAAACCGUCAGAGGUCUUAUCUGGUGUCAAGGCAUUCAUAGCACUCAUCCAUUCUGUGGGCCAUUAUGUCAACAUUGACGUGAGCAGGAUUUGCAAGGAAGUCCUACUGCAGCAAUCCCAGGCCACAGACGCCAAUGGAGAGAUGACCCUGACCACUGCUUACACCAACUGGUACUUGGAAAGUCUUCUGCGGCAGACCAGCACUGGGAUUAUUAUUCACUCUCCAGCUGUCAGAGCUUUCAUGACCAUCCCUGUCGAGAAUGUGCAGAUAUUCAACGCUGAAGAAUAUUCGGAUGUGUCAGAAAUGCAGGCGUUGGCAGAGCUGAUCGGGCCCUACGGAAUGAAGCACCUCAGUGAGCACUUGAUGUGGCACAUCACAUCCCAAGUGAAUGAGUUGAAGAAAUUGGUAGUGGAGAACAUGGACAUAUUGGCCCAGGUGAAGUCUAACCUCCAUAAACCUGAUGUGAUGACAUACCAUGCCAAGCGUCUAACCUCUUCUGAGAAUGUUCUGAAGAGGAUGAUCAUUAUUGGAGUGAUCCUGAACUUCCGGGCGAUGGCCCAGGAAGCUCUGCGAGAUGUCUUAUCCAACCAUAUCCCAUUCCUCAUGGGCUCCCUUCAGAUUCUGAAUGACGUCGUCAGCCCUGCCACUGAUAUAAAGGAUCUCUUAGCUAUCUAUGAACUGACGUCUGCAGCUGGCGUUUCAUGCCUUGUGGAUCCUGCCCUUGUCAUUGCACUUUCCAAUCAGAAGAAUGAGGGUUCCACUGAGGACGAUUACAGACUGACCAGCCUCCUGAUGGUCUACAUAGCUGUCUCACUCCCGAUCCUCGCCAGUGAUCCCCUGUCCAUCUACAAUCAGGAGCACCAGGGCCACCGCAACAAUAUCCAUUGUGCAGCGAAAGCGAUCAAUGAGAUUGCAGCUGCCCUAUACACGAUUCACAAGAAGGAUAUCCGACAGCACCUGAUCGAAUUUCUUGCUUUUGCCUCAAUGAGCCUCCUCCAGAUUGGUCAAGAGACAGAUAAACAACUCGUGAAGAACCGAGAAUCGAUCUAUCUCCUUCUUCAUAUGUUAAUCGAAGAGUCCCCCUUCCUGGAAAUGGAUAUGCUGGAGCCUUACUUCCCAUAUGUUUUGCUGAGAAAUGCCUUCCGUGAAGUGUACAGACCUGUCAUGAUGACCACGGGAUAAAUCUCAGCAGGAGCUCUCCCUCCGUUUUGGAAUCGGUCGAUGGGAGCUGAACAUCAUGCGGGGGUGU